GUAAACAUGGAUAGAAUAAUGCAGAAAGCUGAAAAAUGUCUAGAUUUUUGUACUAUUGUUGAGUUUUAAGACAAUGUCCGAUCGCUGGGACUCGUUAAGAUCAAAAUUUCAAGGGAAAAAUAUCGAUUUGGAUGCGGAAUUUGAGAAAUUCCUGAAUGAGUCGCUAUCAGAUGAAUCCUCAGCCUCCCCUAGACACAAGACACCUCCUUUAAGAGGCAAGACAUCCAAGGACAGGGGUUGUUUACCUUGGUGGGCAGAGGAAGAUGAGGAUGAAGACAAAAACCGAGAAACAUUGAGAAAAAGCUGGAUAAAACAAAAGCCAACACAACCUGGUGAGAAAGAUGAUGCAGACAAGGUGGCUGAUGUCCAAGAAAGUCAGGUUACAACUACAGGUGUGUCUCAAGAUACUCGCCACGGUGACAGUACAGCUAUAUCUAUGAGUAAAGACAGCCUUGAUGAAGGUACAAGGAAGAGUCUAAAACAAGAGACAUUUGCUGCACAGGCUGAGGAAGACAUCCCAGAAAGUUCUGUUCAUGAAGAAGAAGAUUUUCCUACUUACAGCGAUGAUGUCGAGACUAGUAUUAGUACCAGCCCAAUGUCACCUGGUAGAAUCAAAACACCUGACAUGCCUCCCCCUGGGCUUGACACUCUUGAAGAACAAGAAGAUAAAGAAAGGUUCUUCCAACAGGAGGGUGCUGAUUCCCAAUUUGAUUAUGAGAACAAACUCCAUGAUUUGACAUCUACUGACACCCCUGACAGAGAUGACAGGCUGCAAGCUACUGGUGUAGAAGUUGGAGACUCAAUAUUCAAUGCAUCAGGAACUCAUCGAGAGGAAACACCUUUUGAAAGCGUAACCAAAAUUAGUGAUAACGAUGAUGAAGAUGACGAAAGAUACAGUGAUGACUUCGAGGACAAAGGAAAAGACGACAGUGGUGGAACAGCUGAAGAAAGGCAAGAUAAAAGACCCAGCCAUACUACUAAAGAGGAAAUAACCAAACCAAGCCUUCUGUCAAAAGUUUCAUUGAUGGAUUCACUUGACUCAACACUCGAUCGUAACAAACCAUUACCAAGGCAACAGCAAAGUAAACAACAAUUAGGGGAGGGAACAGCAAGUGGAUCUGGUUUACGAGCCACCGAUACUGGUAACAUGUACAGCGGAACUACGGACACAAUAGCUGAGCUACAAGCAGCAUUGCGACAAGUACAAUUGAACAACACAGACAAAAGUGGACUUGAUACAGGUGUCCACCCUGAAGACGAAGGUCAACUAGUGAUCAAGAAAACACCUACAGGGGAAACCGAGUCCCGGGGAUUUAGCAUAAAACCCCCUGUUAUUGCAAACAAUACUUCCAUAACUAACGAACGUCAACCAGCUGAAAGUGCGGCCUUCACUAUCACGUCGGACAGCAUCAAUUCUGCGUCUAUUCCCGUAGACUGUACGGGAUUUAGUCUCAAAACAUCAGAGCCCCAACCCCAAAAAGCCUUAGCAGUAGAUUCCCGUGGAAUUCCCUUAAAAUCUCKGGUAGUCCCGUUGAAGGAUGCACCCGACAUUGAAGAUGGCAGGGGAUUUGACUUGAAACCCGUUGCUGACCUUUUAACGAUUAUCGAUCGAGAAGUUGGAAAUAAAGAGGAGGAUGUCGAGGAGGAGGAUGAAGAGGAAGACACACCUCCCCCUGACAGUCUGCGAAGUAUUAAGGAAAAAGUCAAAGCACGGAAAAGUGUCGAUACGGUGAAACGUACGUCGAUUAAGAAAACCCUACCGGGUAAAAAGACAGAAUCCCCGGUACGAGUCCGAGGAAGUAAAGUGACCAAGAAAGGACCAAAGAAGAACAAGGAUCAAUGGCAGCCAUCUUUGUCAUCUCCUCCUUCCUGGUCACCAACACCAAGUACCAGGAAAAGUAGACAAUCAGAAAGCAAAAUUCCAACUUUAAAAUCAAAAUCUAGUCGACAAGAAGAAGAGAAAGCCAUCGUUAAAUCAGUUGAAUCCUUUGCUAAUUACCUCAAGCAUCUCGUACGACCCGAUGAACAAGACAGCCAAUCGCCGCCAACGCCAAGAUGGUCCGACGACGAACCUGCCAAAUCCAGAUCUUCUGUUCGUGUUGCGUCGACUGAAGAUCGUCUGGAGAGAAUUUCCAGAGAGAAACGUCUGCAGAACGAAGUCGAAAACUGGCAAGAGGCGUGGAAAGAAGAACGUCGUCGUAACGAUAAACUCAUCGCUGACAUGGCUGCGAGAGAAAGAGAACUUUCACGUAAGGAGGAAAAAACACGUAUGGCUUACGAAGAGCAGAUUCACGAACUAAAACAAGAAAUGUACAGUUUACAAGCUCGACUGAAGGAAGAACAGGAGAAUGCCGAUAGCAGGAAGAGAGUGGCUAGUGGUGGAAAUCUGAAGGGGAUUUCAGAGGAAGAAAAGAAGAAACUUGAGAAAGAAAUUCGCGAGCAAGAGAAAUUAAUGCAGGGAUAUCAGCAAGAGAAUGAGCGUCUUUACAAAGAACUCAAACAAAUUCAAGCAAAAGCCAAGUCCACCGAAGGACGAAUGUUUGCAGAGAACCAGAAACUAGCUACUGAAGUUGCCAACCUGAAAGAAAGACUCGACCAAAAAGCCGGACAACAACCAUACUCCACUCCAGGCUCUGCUGUCCUUGGCGCCGACAGAAUUAAUUAUCUCCAGGACCAGCUCGGCUCUUAUAAGAAGAGAGAGAAUAAGCUCGAUCAAGAGCUUGAUGACUUGAGGCGUGUGAACACUACAUUGGAACAGCGCUUGCGCAAUGCCGAGAGAGAAAGGGACAAUGCCGUGGAAAGAGCCAAUCAGGCAUUAGGAACAAGUACGCAGGAACAAAACGAGCUGAAAAUACGCUACGAGAACGAUAUUGAACGCUUAAACCGCAAACUGAAGUGGUACGCAGAGAACCAGGAAAUGUUGGACAGAGAUAUCGUGAAAUUGAAGAUGAAGGACCAGGAAAUCAAAGAAUUGAAAGAAAGUCUUGACAGACUUCGCACACAGCAGACUAAAGCGGCCACCGAGAGAAAGGAGAGAACGAAUGAAAGAGCUGCUGAUGCGAAAAGAAUCAGAGACCUUGAAAGACAGGUACGCGAAAUGGAGGAAAUCAUCAAGAGAAGAUAUCCCAACUCGCUACCAGCUCUCAUUUUUGCUGCUGCAUCUGCACCAGGACUCGCCCAACCAGUUCAGGAUGAGUCACCCAAGAAGCAAUCGCCAUCUUAUGUGUUUCUAGAGCAGCAAGUUAAAAAGCUAGAGCAACAACUCGAGGCUAAAGACGAAGAGGCAAGCAGAGUACUGCGAGCUCUUGAGCAGAAAUAUAACGCAAUGAAGUUGGAUUAUGAAGAAAGAAUCAAGCAACUUGAAAAGGGCCUGGAACGUGCCAAUGAAAAGCCAAAGCGAGAACGUCCUCAUACUCAAGCGCAUGCUCUGGAAACUGAGCUCGCUGCUGUCCGUGAAGGUGAUCGACGGCGCAUUAGCGAGCUUGAAAACGAGGUCAGUGUUCUACAAGAGGCUUUGAGUCGAGCAUCAACGUUACAAGCUCAUGUUAGAAGCAAGAAAAAGAAAUCUGAUGGAAAAAAUCCUGAAGUAGACACUGAAACAUUGCUGAAAGUACAGACAUUAGAAAAACAUCUGCAAGAAAAGGAAAAAGACUUAACAGAAUUGAGACAAACUUGCCUGAAACUACAGCAAGAACGUGAAACAAUGCUCGCAUCACCGCAAAGACACAUCCCCCACACCCCUCCCCGUCAGGCGGAAUUGGAGCGCGAGAAUAAUGCUCUUAAACAACGUCUUAACGAUAUAACUCUAAAUAUGGAUCAAGACCGAGUUAGAUACCAGGCUUCUCUAGCUGAAGCUGAACGGAAUGCAAGGCAGGCACGUGAUGAUGCCGCUGAUCAGAUCGAAAAGCUGAAGGCUCAGCAUCAGCGAGAGAUGAACCAGAUGAAGGGAGAGUUUGCUGUACGACACUCAACUUCCAUAGUGACUGAAUUAAAGAGUAAGCUAGCCAGUCAAGAAAUUGUUAUCCAGAAACUGCGAGAUAAAGUUAUAAUGGAGACAAGAAAUAACGAGGAGUUUGCUGCUGCAAAGGCUCGUGAACAAGCUCUACAACAACAACUUAACAACCUACAAAACGAGCUACGUCAGGCCAAAGAGAAUUUCACCCCAGAAAUGAGACAUUUUGAGGCGUUACAAUCUAAGAUCACAGCGAUGGAACAACGAUUCAAUCAGAGAGAAUCAGAUCUAGAACGCAUUAUCAGCAACGCGCAAAUUAAAUCGAGAAUCGAGAAAGACGAGUUGGAUUCACAAUGGAAGUUGAUUAUCAAGAAAAAGAACCAAGAAAUUGAACGAUUUCGCGAGGAACUCGACGCAAUUCUUGAAGCUUUGAGAGAACUCAAACGGCGGGGCGUAGUGAUACCAAUAAUGGGAAACUGGCCUAGAGCGAAAACAGAUUUUUGGCGUCGGACAUACUACAAACCUGAAAUAGUCAAAGAUAACGGACAUCUACUCCACCUGAUAGUUAAACAAGAUAUAUGCAUUAUAGAAACAUCAUUUGAUUUGACAGCUGUCAAUCAGUUUGAUCAGGGACUAGAGUUUGUUGAUGGAAGAUAUAAGUUAAGUUGUGUUGUCACUAAUAAGUGGAGUGAUUGGUCAACACAAGACUGGCAUGAAAGCAAGCUAUCUUUGAAGAUUCACAAGAUUUUUGAUGAUUAUGUCAUUGAAUACAAGCCAAAGUCUGCUGGUGAUGACCAAUGGAAAUUCAUGCGCAUUACCCACAUAGAAAGCACAGGGCACCCAAUACAAAUAGGACUUUACUGUUGUGCGCCCACUACAGAAGGAAUGAAUGUUUCCUUCCGAUCAUCAAUCUGUGGAAAUAAUUUUAAUGUACAGUUUCUUAAAAUGGAGCAAACAUUCUUAGAGGCUGAAGUCCAAGGCGAUGAGGAUAACAUCCAACCUAUCAUUGAAAAUGGCGGGAUUCGGAAGAAUCUUCUUGAUGAAUUCGCAGACAUUGCCAAAGCUGAUACCAGUAUUUCUAAUAAUGGCAGAGAAUGUAUGAAAGUGUAUCUGCGAAUUAGACCUUUUACAGAUGAAGAAAAAGAGCAAGCAAAUAGUCAGGAAUGCAUGGAAAAGGACGGCGAAAAUGCCAUACUCUUGAACGCGCCGAAGGAUUCGUUCACCUUCAAGAACGAGAAACGUGGUCGCGAAGUUACGCAUCGCUUUACAUUUUCACAUGUUUUUGGAGCAGAAACUACGCAGAAAGAGUUUUUCGAUAGUACAAGUUUAGAUAUGGUUAAAGACUUUAUGGAUGGGCAAAACUGUUUGGUAUUUACAUAUGGUGUAACCAACUCAGGGAAGACAUACACAAUUCAAGGUACACCCAAAGAUGGUGGUAUAUUACCUAGAACGCUUGAUGUACUGUUCAAUAGUAUUCAUGAUAAGCACUAUUCAAGAAUGAAUCUCAAGCCAAGAUACUUUUGUGAUGUGGUCAAGAUUGAUGAAAAACAAGAACAUAUGGAGGGUGCCUUACGCAAUGGACUCUUAAUGUCACUUAACAAGGAGCAUUUUGAUUUGAACUCUUUCCUGCAACUUGAGGAAUCAAAUAAUGAUAUCUCAAAAGCCAGCAGUAUCGGCGAUGAAUCGUCACUACAGGCAUCAAUAAGAAGUCAAGAUGGUGACAUUACAGACAAUGACGUCAUACCAUGUGGCGAUGAAGAUAUACGUACAAUAGAUGACACUAGUAUAAGUGUUGAGACACAAGGACCAGUCAAGUUUGCGAUUUGGGUAUCAUUUGCAGAGAUUUAUAAUGAACAAAUAUUUGACUUACUUGAGCCAUGUCCUGAGGGGAAAGGCAAGAAGAGGACUACGUUAAAGCUUGGGGACGAUAAACAUGGAAACCCUUAUAUCAAAGGACUGAGAGAAAUAUGUGUAUCAAAUGCUGAUGAAGCUUACAAGAUUUUGAGAGUUGGUAAAAAGAAUCAAAGAAUUGCAUCAACAAAACUAAACCAAAACUCAAGCAGAAGUCACUGCAUCUUUAGUGUAAAAGUGCUCAGAGUUGUUGACGUAGAAGAUCCACAUGUUGCCCGUGUCAGCAGGUUAUCUUUUGUUGACCUUGCUGGUUCAGAGAGAUAUACCAAAACACAGAGUACUGGAGACAGACUGAAAGAGUCUGGUAACAUCAACACAUCACUCAUGACACUUGGAAAAUGUUUAGAGAACCUACGUUACAACCAAAUACAUCCAAACAAUCUCCAGAUUAUCCCAUUCAGAGAAAGCAAGCUGACUAGAUUGUUUCAGGGAUUUUUCUGUGGAAAAGGAAAGGCAUCAAUGAUAGUCAACAUCAAUCAGUGUGCUAAUACUUUUGAUGAAACCUAUCAUGCUCUUAAGUUCUCUGCCAUUGCUAAGCAGGUAACUACGAGGGUCUCCAAACCUGUUGACAUGGCUCCUCCAGUGAGAGAAAAGAGUUUCCGUCCAUCAUUUGCCUUCCCUACCUUUUCUAAAGAUCCUAGAAAGUCCAUUCAAUGGGAAAAUGGUGCUUUUGCCACACCAGCUGUUGAUAACAUGGAUGAUAAUGAUGAUAAUAAUGAUGAAAUACAUCAGUAUAUCCAGCAACUAGAGAAUCUUGUAAGACAGUUUGAAAGUGAACUCAUUGAGGAAAAGAAAGCCAAGGCAACUCUAGAACUAAAGAUACGAGAAGAAGUUUGUGCUGAGAUGGCACAACAGCUGGUUGCCAUAGAAACUGCUUAUAGUGAGAGAAUUCAGGAUGAAGUUAGUGCGGUAGAAGAAAAGUGCGAACGACGGAUUGAAAUUCUAGCAAAAUCAAUCAAAAAGACACGAAAGCGAGCACGUAUUGAAAGACCAGACGAUGAUGAUGAAGAACAAGUAUCUCUUGCUCAAUUAAGAUCAGAAAAAGAUAAAGUUAAGACUCUUACUGUACAAGUCAGUGAUUUGACAAACCAAGUGAAUGACCUCACUACACAGCUAAAGCAGUAUGAAUCAAACAUAGAAUCCAUGAAAAUAGCCUUGGAGGAUAGUGAAAAGACAUGCAAACAACAGGAAGAGGUUAUGGCUGACUUACAAUCUGCCUUGGAGACAUCCUCAAAGGAACUAGAAAUUGCAAAGCUUAAGAUAGAUAAGAGAGACAAGAUGCUGAAAGAAAAAGAAGAAAUGAUAGAGCAGUUACAGAAAAAACUUGACGACCAAACAAAAAUUAUAGAAGAGAAUAACAACUUGAUAGAGCAAAAAGGCUUGAAAAUAGUGGCCCUUGAAAAUGAUCUCAGCCAACAUCAGCAAGCUCUGGAUGAUAAUGAGAGCUUUUUGGCACAGUUGAAUGAAGAAGUAAAACAGCUGAGCUCAGAGCUGACAAAGAAUAAGAACCAGGAACAUGAUGAACACCACAAAGACAUUAAACUUGAAACAGCUCUUGCCAAGAAAAUAUCAAAACUCAGAGAACAGCUUUUAGCAAAGGAUGAAUUGAUGAAAGAGCUUGUGCAGUCAUUAGAGGAAACACGUUCACAAGUGGAACUGGAAAAGGGAGAUCUUGCCAUGGUGUGUAAUAAGCAAAAGAAGAAAAUUGAACAACUUGAAGCAGAUCUUAAAGCUGAGAAAGACAGUGCUCACAAACAUCAAGAGAAUGAACUGGCAGCUCUUAAAGAACAGCUGAAGAAAGCUGAGGACCAUUCUCUGAAUGCAAAGGAGGAAGUUGAAACUAACUGUUUUGAGAAAGAAGAGCUUAAAUUUGCACUAGAUGCUGCAAAUGCCAAACUUACAACACUACAGCAAGAAGCAAGUAGCAAAUCAGCCAAGGCAUUAGAACUUUUGAAAUCUCUUGAAGAAGCAAACACCAGAGUUGGUGAGUUAGAACAAAUGUUAAACUCAAAGAAGCAAGAGGUUGAUACUCUUAAUGAUAAAGUAGAGUCCCUUGAGCUUUCCAACAAGAAGGCAAAGGAGCUUUUUGGCAAACUAGAAGAUGAGGUUUCAAGACAAGAGAAAACACUGGUAGAAUUGGAAAAACUCAAGCAACUGAAAAUGGAGCUAGAUGAUCAAAAUUCUAAAAUCAUCCAUGAACUUCAAUGUAAAGAAAAGGAGAUGGAAAAGGCUUCAAAAGAAGUUCAACAACUGACUGAGAAACUUGAAAAUCUUACAAAAGAAAAUGGAGAACUAAGAAUAACUAUGACUGUUUUGGAAAACAAGGAAAAGCAAAGGGAGAAAGAUGAAGAAGAAAGGCAGGAACUGGAAAAGAUAACCAAGAUUGAUUUGGAAAAUAAGGAAAAGCAAAGAGAAAAAGAAAGAAAAAGUUUAGAAGCUGUGAACAACAUUCUUUUAGAUGCCAAGGAGAAAGAAAUACAGGAAUUAAUGGCUGUCAACCAGAAACUUAUAAAGGAUAUGGGUUUGGAUGCCCAGAAAAAAGAACAAGAGCAAAAAGAGAAAGGGAGAAUGCUUGCUGAAAACAUUUUAUUACAAGGAGAAGUUGAGCAACUGAAAGACAAGCAGAAAAAAGCUACAAAAGAAACUGAAGAACUGAAGAGCAAACUGGAUUCCACACAGAAGGUCACAGGUGUUAAAGAAGAUAUUGGAGAAAUGACACAAACUGAAAGCAGUUCUAAAGAAUUCCAAGAACUUGAAAAUCAACUAAAAGCAACAACUAUAGCAUUAGACAAGAAAAACUCUCAACUCAUUUCUAGAAAUAAUGCAGUCAAAAGGCUUGAGCUUUCACUCUCAGAAAAGGAGGCAAGGAUAACAGAGUUAACAAAAAGCCAAGGUACCCCAUCAACUCCAGGUCGUGAUCUCCGCAUGAAAGAAGAAGUCAAGACACUUCGUAGAAGACUUGUACAAGCAGAUAAAGACAGUGAAGAAUACAAGCAAAAACUACAAAACUAUGAGAACAAGAUAGCUGAUUUGAAUAAACAUGCUGAAGACAUGAGUUGUCAGUUGGCUGAGGCUCAAGAUAAGGAAAGAAAAUACAAGGAACAAGUGAGAAUCAUUGAUGAAAAGGCAAGCCAACUCAAUGAAAAGGUAUUGACUGCUGAAAAAGAGCAAAAAGAAGCACAAGAAAAAUGGACCCUGGCCACAACUAUGCUCGAAGAAAAAGACAAUGCUCUGCAGAUGUACUAUGUGCAGCAAGAUGAGUCAAAACAGAAAGAAUUUAAGUCUAAUGACGAGAUUGAAAGACUUAAAAUGGAGCUGAAAAUGUCCAGAGAGAAACUGGAAAACAAGAAUGAAGAAAUUAGUCAGUUAAAGGUUGAAGCCCAAAAUCACAGCAAGAAGAUUGAAGAAAUCAAACUCAAGAAUUGUGCAGAAGUAAAGAAGGGACAAGAUGAAAUGAAAACAUUGAUGGAAAAAAUGAAAAAUGCAGAGGCUGAACUGGCCAAAAAUGAAGAAAAACAAAAGAAUUUUGAAGAUUCAAAAGAUGAAGAGAUGUUGAAGCUGCAAAAAUUGAUUGAAGCCAAAGAGCAACAGUUAACUCAGAAAUCAGAAUCCCUACAGUCACUCCAGAAGAAGUUUACAGAAACUGACAAAGAGAAGUCUGAAGAGCUUGACAAGGUUUGGAAGACAAUGGUAGAGUUACAAGAUGUGAUAAAGGAACGUGGGCAGACUAUUGACGACCUUGAAACCAAGCUUUCAAAGGCUGAAGCACGUCAUAGUAGAGAGAAAGCAACACUUGAAAAUACAGUGGCAAAAAUCAAAGAAGUCAUGGAAACCAAAGGUGGUGACAGGAAAAAGUUAUUGGCGCAGAUAACUGAGUUAGAAAACAAAGUUUCAGCAUUGAAUGAAAAAAACUCAAAACUAAUCCAAGCUUCUGAACAGAGUGAAAAAGACUUACAAGAACUGAAAAAAGUUUUAGAACAACAAGACACAGUUAUGGAGGAGCAGGAAAAAGCCCUCAAUGAACGCCAAGCUGAGAUUGAGUCUCUCCUUGCUGAAAGCAACCAGUUGCAAGACAAACUCAAUACCAAACACUCCAAAACAGAAAACACUACAGCAGAAGUGUGUCGUCUUGAGGGGACACUAGCUGUGUUAAAGGAUGAGAAAGCAAAACUUGAAAAUGAGCUGAAAGAAAUUCGGAAAGACGAAGAAGAACAUCAGCUCACAAAAGUUGAAAUGUCUAGAGACCAUGAGAAGGAGAAGAGUGAGAUGCUUAUAAAGUUAGAGAAAAAAGAAGGCAACAUAUCAAAAGUAAAAGCACAAGUAAAGAGCUUGCAAAGUGACAAGAAAGCAUUAGAACAAAAAUGUAAAGAAAAGGAAGCUGAAAUCAAAAAAUUGGAAAAAAGGCUGAAAAAUGCAGAGGAAAAACAAGAAGAAUACGAGAAUUUAUGUCAAGUAAAAGAUGAUGACAUUCGUUCAGCUAAUGAAGAGAAAGAUGUUAUGCUGAAAGCAAUGCGUGAAGCUUUGGCCGUUGCCUCAUCCAAGAAAGAAGAAUUUGAUGAGAAAAUCAAAACUUUAAAGGAAGAACAUCAAAACGAAAUCACCCAGUUGAGAAAACAGUGUGAAGUUGACAUCACAACCAAAAUGCUUCAUGUUAAUCUGACUAAAAUUGAGGAGACACCAGAGAACCAACAACCCAAACCUGUCCCAAAAGAUCCGCAGCCUAACAAUGAAAAUGCAAAACCUAAAAAACAAAGGCGUACCACACGGACCAAGAAGACUACAGCUGUCAUUGGUGAUGAAAAUGAUGCACCAACAAGCAACAAACAAUCGUCCAAUAAAGAAAGCUCCAAUGAAGAAGUGUUGAGUGACAUCACACCAAGUGUCACCAAUAAUUCCAUCAAGAUUUUAAGAGAUGAACCCAUUCCUGAUGAUCGCAUUGAAAUAGAUGUCACUCCCAUCCAACGGCGUAAAAGAGCAUCAAGAGCUGCUACGGGCUCUAAAACAAAGCCUAAGAAACGAAGAAGCAGUGAACUACCACUUUCUGAGAUAAAAAGCCAAUUGUCUGCUAAAAAAUCCAAACAAGAGCAGAGUGAAGAGGAGUUUACACCAGGGUCAGUAAUAAGAACAAGGCGAGCAACGAGGGCAAGCUCAACAAGCUCAUCAUGUUCUGCCAGAAAACAGCGACCUCCAGUAACUCCAAUGACACCAAUGGAUGAAGCAAGUAACGAAACUGAACAGAUACCAUCAAGUGCAAAGAAAAAAAGGUUUUUUGGUAAACUAUUUUCAGGAAGUAAUUUGGAGAAUACACCACCAGCAAAAAAAUCAGGGAGAAGAUUGCUGAAAAAAGACAUUUCUGCACCCAUGGAUUCCUUUUCACCCUGUAUUGCUACAAUCACAACAAGCAACAAGAAAAGCAAUAAGGCUGGAUCAAUCAUACAACGACAGCUGAGAUCAAGGGUUAAAUAAUGAUUAACUUUUAGGGCAGUCUUAGCAUUCAAAUAGCUAUGGAAACCACCAAUGAGAUCACAGAAUCACAUACUACAGUCUUAUAACAAAAAAAGAUUAAAAAAACACAUAAAAAUGCUUUAAUGUAAGGAGGGUGAGUGUCUUGAGUGUGCACUCAAUUCAACACUUGUGCAAGAUAUUGUUUGUUGUUGUAAGACUGUAUUAUCAGAAUUCCUACACCAUUGCACAAAAACCAGGAAAACCUUGUGUAGAAACCUUUAACUAAGUGAAGAAAUCAUUUCAAUGUUUCAGUGCUCCUGGGAAAAAUGUUAAUUAAAAAUGGCCACAUCUUUUCAUUAGAUUUUAUUAAAAUUAUUUUUAUUUACAAAUGCUUUUUGUCUGAAUGCAUUUUUUUUAUUAUUGUUGCAUAAAUUUUCACAAUGCUUCUUUGGAGUUUAUGUAACAACGUUAAAUACAUGGCUAUUAUUGACAGUGGAUAUGUACAUAUUAAAAUUAAUACUAUAUAAAAAAAUGUUGUGAACACUUAUAGCAAAAACAUUGCCCUUAAAUUUCAGGAACAUGGGAAUUUCAUUUAAAUUUGUCCUGCAUAAUUUUUUUUCCAUGGACGACGUUUUUGCGCUAGGCUACACAUGUCAUUCUAAAAUAUAAACAUAUGUUGUUAAAGAGGAAAUACUUGAAGUGUACCAACAAUAAAUGUGUGCAACAAUUUUCACUAUUUACUACUAUAGUGUUAACUAAACAAUGGCAGUAGCAGUAUUUAGUGGUGUUUAUGUUGGACACUUAUUGAUUACACAAGUGUUUGCACUCUAUUGGUAUUGAUUUUCAAUGUGUUCAAAUUUAAAAAAAUUAAAUAUAGUUUAAGGAAUUGGAAAGUUCUUUUGCAUAUUAUGCAUGUAUACUACCAUCACCUUAUCCUUUGUCAGCAAAUAUAAAUUGCAAUAAAUCAUUUUUUCAAAUUA